CCCAUUCUUCCAGGUCACUAUGUGGCGCUGUUGGAUGUGGCCCUUAAUCUUGGCCUGGGUGUCCAUGGCAACCCCGACGCUCUGCCAGAGUGGGGAUGUAGACUGGGGUUCAGGCUUUGGCUUUGAUCCCGCCGUAAUGUCCACCAACGACACGUCGCAGGCAGCCGGCGACGAGCCUGUGAGGAUGAAAAACAGCCGUGACUCUCACACAUCAGCAGCACUUCCAUCACUGUCUCCCACUCUGCACCACGAGCCCCAGCCGGACAGGUGCUCGCUCCACUUCGCCACCGACGCCGCUCUGGCGCGACGGCUGAAGGCUCAGAGAGAGGAGCUGGCUUAUCUGCAGGCCCUCCAGCACGGGAACCAGGCGGUGAUGGAGAACUUGGCUCAGUUUGUGGGGGCAGUGGUGGGAGAUCAGAGGUACGAGGACGUGAUCGAGGAGAACCUCGUCGGCAUAAAGGAGGAGCACAAGAGGUGUCGGGAGGUGGUGGAGAAGGCUGAGGACGAUCUGGAGAAGCAGCUGGAAGGAGACGCGUUGGACACCCUGGCUGGGAUGCAGAAAAUCAGAGAAGAGUCCUCGGCUUUCGACGCCAUGCACCGUGCUGCCGCAGACAUCGCCAACAGGCUGGAGAGCUCAUCGCAGGCCCUGCAGGCCUCAUUCACCAAGCAGCUAAAAGAGAUCAACAAAAUCCAUCGCUAAGCAAGAGUUCACACGGCUUUUAA